AUGACAGCGGAUGAUGUUUCAUUCCUACAGGACUUUAAGAGCACAAUGGAGAUGUUUGAAUUGUGUAAACUCACAGCAGAAUCUCCUGAAUGUUCAUCCAGAGUUCAGUGUACAACGUCAGAUCCAGAGGACAUCUCAGGAAUGAUGAUCAAUGUAGCAAAACAUCUCAGCAACCUGAACUUUACUGUCAUACACAAGAUGAAGGAGAAUGUUGAAUACAUUCCAGUGACUUUGGACCCAAACACUGCUUGUCCUCGUCUCUUUCUAUCUGACGAUCUGACCACUGUGAGAUUCAGUAAAGAUUCAGCGCUGCGGCUGCUUCCUGAUAAUCCAGAGAGAUUUGAUUCAUCUGCAUGUGUUUUGGGUUCGGAUAGCUUUAACUCAGGGAUUCACCGCUGGGAGGUUCACGUUGGAGACAACACAAGCUGGUGUCUGGGUGUGAUGACAGAAUCUGCCGAGAGAAAGAAGAACAUAUUUUACAGUAGUGGAGUCUGGUAUGUGGGGUAUUGCUCUGGUAAAUACGCUCCAGUCAUUACACCAGUAAAAACACUUCAUUUUCUCCCAGUGAAAGUGAAACUGGAGAGAAUCAGAGUUGAGUUGGAUUAUGACAGAGGAAAGCUGUCGUUCUCUGAUCCUCUCACUAAUACACACAUAUACACUUUCAAACACCGGUUUAAUAAAAGAGUUUAUCCAUGGUUCAGUGUUAACUGUAACAUUUCUCCUCUGGUGAUCUUACCAGGAAAAUCCUUUGGAAAAUUCUGAAUCAGGGAUUUGAUUUUGAAUUGAUUUUGUUUAUACAACAGUUUGAGUUAUCUUAAAGUU